CAUGAUGCCGGAUGUUACCCUCAGUGGCUUUACCUUCUUCAGUCGUGCAAUAACUAACGUGGCACAAAAUGAUAAGCUGACAUAUUUCGAUCUGCAUACGGUACAAACAACACAACACCAGGUGGUGCUUAUACUAGAUCCUCGUGAUGCAGACAAGAAGAACUAUGCAUUGUAGGAUUUUAUACAUUUUAAUCAUCAUUACAUUCUGCCACUGCCAAGAAACUGCAGACAAAAACUCACCUAACCCCACUGCAACAAACUCUGAUACCAAGCAUGAUAAAAAUAUUGUGACUGAACACAAACAAGCAGCAAAUGAAGCACAGGUUGACACUAAUUCAAAGCAAGAAGAGUCUGAGUCCACAGAAAAAUCUUCAACAGAUACCAAAGGUAAGACCCUGAAUGCAGAACACAACAAGCAAACUAAAACAUCACAGUCACACCAGACACCCAUGGUGUUUUCCAGUGAGGGAAAGGAUAUAGCUAAUGAGAGAAGAGAGCCUAUGAGCAGAAAUGAACACAAAGUGGAUCAGAAAGAAGACGGACAACAGCAGAAACCAACCAGAGAGACUGAUACAGUAGCAGAAACACCUGACCAGCAGCAAAAACAUUUAAAAAAAGAACAUUCCAAAGUGCAAUCUGUAGAACAUCAGCAACAUCAGAUAGUUAACAGCAGGGAAGAACAAAAGAAUGUUAACUUACAGCAGCAAGAAAAAAAGGAACAACAUAUUCAACAACCUGGAAAACAGCAACACCAGCAGCAAACUGACAAACAAAAUCAUGGUGCAAUACAUCAACAACCCCCUGAUGUUAAACACUUCCAAGAACACCCAGAUGUACAGCAGCAACAACAGAUCCAAUUAAGUCAAAAUGAUCAUCAACAACAGCAGAAAAUACCCAGUAAUGUAGAGCAACAUGUAGAACACUACCAGCAAGCACACCAAGAACAGUCACAACAACCACACAUAACUGUACACCAACCGCCAUCACUUUCAAAUUUUCAACAUGAACAAGAGUCAGGAAAACAUCAGAAAGUAAAAGGGAAAUUGCAACCCCAACAUGAGUCCCAACAUCAUACUAAUCAACAACAGACCAAAGAACAAAAUCAACAUCAGAAUCAGCACCAACAACAAGAGCCUGGAAAUGUCCAAGCUUCAUCAAGUCAGUCACGUAGUCACACACAGGACAGUACACAGACACAAACCUUACACCUUCAAGACCAGAACCAGGCCAAUCUGCAGCAAAAUCUUCCUGAACACAAACCUGUUCCUAAGACUGAGCCACAUCAGGAGUCGAUCCAUCAUACCUCCCAGCCAGCAGCCCACACUGACUUCCAGAAGUCGGGGCACACAGAGGCUGUGAAACUGGAGCCACCUGGGAACUACAUGGAGAAUCAACAGGGAGCUGAGGGACCGCCACUAGAGGACCUUCAUGAUGCCAUAGCUGAUCAAGACAGCACUGCUCCAGAUGUUCUCAAAGAACAAAAUGUGAAUGCUGAAAAGGUCACUAAAACAGCUUCACAGUCUGUAUUGCAUGGCAGUGAGGCAGAUAUGAUAAAACAACCUAGUCAAGAUAAAAAAGCAGAGCAAGAGCAGCCUGAGAAGCCAGCAGACAUACCUCCUUCUACUGAUGCAACUGUAGAUGGCGCAUCUGCCGAUGAAGAUGAAGAUGAUGAGUUCCAAGAUAUGCCACAUCAUCACCCACGACACCACCAGGACUGGGACGAUCAGUUUCCAGAGGUUGUAAAUCAAGAUGAUUUACAUGCCCAUAAAAUAAAAAAGAUAUACCGUGAGAAAGUUGCCUCGGAUGUGAAGGAGACAACAGUUAUAUACAAAGCAGAUGAACAAGAGCUAGUGAAGAAGGAGAGAUAUGUGCAGAAGCUUAGAGCAGACGGCAGUGUUUCAACGGAAAAGGAGGUGGUACAUGUGCAGCAGGAGGAACAUGACAACCAGGAAAGAGUCAGAGGUAUAUACUUGUCAUUGACAAGUUUAUGA